AUGAGCUCACAAACUCGAGCCGGAGCCGAGCUGGAGCAACAGACGGCCCUUGAAAAUAAACCGCUUGCUGGAUGGCCUGCACUUCCAACGGAGCUUCGCCUCCCGAUUUUGGACGAGUUGGAGAAGCAACUUUCUUCUGCCAGCAACCAUUACGUCCGCACUUGGGCCAGCGUAUCGAAAGAGUGGCGUUCCUACUUCGAACCUUUGCUAUGGCGGACGCUGAUCUUUCGGUCAUCCACUUUAGAGUCGGGCCUUGCCGGCUUGAGAGAGAUCAUGGCGGAUCACCGAAGAAGCUUGGUCAGGAAAAUCUCGCUUCACAUCGACCUGGAGAGCUACACCUGCGAGGAGUGCGACCAGCGGGAAAGCAGAGAGACUAUGAUGGCGAACAACGCGAGGUUCUCUGACGCGAUGAUAAAACUCUUCAGCGUCCUUGCAAGCUGGCCCUCGCAUGACCCAGGAGACGGAAUCGCGCUUGAGUUGAGCGCCAGCUCGCCGAGCGAUGCGCGGCAUCUGAGUUCAUCACCGAAACACGAACGCUGUGAACGCAGCCGGUCGCCUGGAUACUCACUCACCGGUGUUGAGCAGCGCUUGCUCGGUAACCUUCUUACGCUUACCUGGCCCUUUGCGAAUAUGGCCCUAGCUCCGAUUCCCAUCAUCCAUUCAUUUGUCGUCAAGCAGAAACUAUGUCGGAGCAUCCGCCACACGUCAAUGGAGCAUAUUCUCGGCAGCUUGCCGAGUCUUCGCAACAUUAACUACGAACCAUGGCUUGGAAUAGAAGAUCAAGACAUUUAUAACGUCGAGCUUGUGAGUCGCCUGGUGCUCAAAACCUCGAGUCGCCCCGACGUACGCAGAAUAAGCGUGUGGUUAGCCCAGAACCGAAGCAUACUCGAAAGCGAAAGCGACGCAUUUGCCUCGAUGCCCGAGAAUUACAUCAUCUCCACCGAAGCAGUCCGGAGUAGCUAUAAUCUCCAAGAACUGGCCGUUUCCCAUGCAGUGGAUGCAGAAAACUUCCUCCAGUACUGGGUUGGGCUUCCACGGGAUGCGCCAAGUCCAAAGAUCGAACACUUAGCACUCACCUAUCCGUUUCGACACCUGGCCCAUGACCCGGUAAAGGCAAUACACCUUAUUAAAACAGCAGCUCAGGCGGCCCGGUGGAUGCCUCGUAUAAAAAUUCUUGAAGUGUGGGCCGGUGGUACUGGCGAAGGGUUCUUCUUCAGGUAUCAAGUAAAGGAGGACGAAGUCAAACUCACGGUGGGCGCUACCUGGAAAAUCCCUCUGAGUGAUGCGAUCUUGUCGAAAUGGGAAAAGGUAGUUAGCCGACACCACCCAGGUCUCACGCUCCAGUCCGUCAGUCAGCGCAUCGACCCGGCCGUUUUGACCAAGCCGGAGAGCAUCUGUGAGCAUCUGGAGUUGUACCACUUGAUUCGGCAGUGGUAA